AUGGACAAGCAACUGCUAGAGGGACUUCGCAAGCGUGGGUUCAAUUUGACAUGGGAACUCGAGCCUGGCGCAGGCGAAGUUGGCUUGAUCGGGUUUUUACUUCAAAAAUCGAAUAGUGGCACAAUGAUCGACUUCACCUGUGGGCAGUCAAUAAUUGAUGGUGACAUUCAGAUCAAAAGUGGUGUUGAGAUUGAUCGAUUACAGCCCCACGAGCUUGUGUUAAGCGAUGGAUCACGCCUCCCGGCCGAUGUUGUAGUUCUUGCUACUGGAAACCUUCCCAUGAUAAUGAACGCCACGUCUUUAUUUGGUCCCCGGAUUACAGACAAGAUUGGCAACAAGAUUUGGGGACUAGACGCAGAAGGAGAGCUGAAUAAUUGUUUUCGCCCGACCGGCCAGCGCGGUCUGUGGAUCGUGACCGGCGGGUUCCAGCAAUCGAGGUUUCUUAGUAAGCACUUGGCAAUGCAAAUUCUGGCAGAGGAACUUGAUAUGAAAAAAUGA